AGCCGUUUUUUGCUCGCCGCAGCGCGCUGCCUCUCCGGGGGGCCGAGGCACUCGUGACAGGCGCUGGGAUGGCGCUGCGGGCCCUGGCGGGCGGCGUGCGCUGCCGCGCCGCGGCUGCCGCUCGUGGCCGGGUCGGCCAGGCGACGGCGUGGCCGCGCUCGGCUGGACCCGCGCUCCGACUGGGGACUCGCGGACUCACGACCGCGGAGAAGGCCGCCCGGGAGGACAUCCAUUCGAAGUACGCCGCGGUCUUUGGCGACAAGGUCCCCGCCGUCGCCCCUGGCGGCGCCACCGCUACGCCAUCGGCGACCUCGGCCGCGGCGGGCACUUCGGACGCCGCGCUGGCGCGGCUGGAGGCCUUCUACGCCGAAGUGAUCAGCACCAAUUGGGCCGACUACCUGACGCUGGUCUACGCCGGCCCAUUCUGGGAAGCGGAGUUUGCCAAGCUGACAGCCAUCGCCCAGCCACACAUGGGAGGGGCCGAGCAGGAUGAUGAUGCGGAGAGGGUG